CACUCGAACGUUUUGCUGUCUGCAUGCAUGUGUCGCAGAUCACUGAUGGAAGAUGUAGAGAGGAGCUAUCCCCAAUCAGCGCUGUGUAAUCCUGCCUGUAAUGUCGGCGUAAUAACUGGAAUAUCCUAUAUUGAUGUCAUACACUAAACGAGAAGGUAAGCUUUAGGUGGCUGGUAAACCCACUGAUACUUCAUACCUAGUCGCCGCUGCAGCUUGUCGCACUCUGUCUCACAAGUGCACCCGACAUGGCUCCGAAGAAGCGUGCUACAAAGGCCAAAGUUGAGCAGGAAGCGGAUGGAGCGACGGAAGCAAUUGCCGACGAAGCGCCUCCAAUAGACGAGCCUUUAGGCGAGAAUCAAUCACACGAUGCGGAGCCGGAAGAGACAGUCGAGAAGCAGCAGCCCAGUAAGAAGCGAAAGAAGGCGACCAAAAGCGAUGAGCCGCAGAAAGCUGCACGACGGUCUGGUCGUGGUGCGCCGAAGUCUAAACCUUCAGAACAGCAACUUCUGAAUUACAUGCUAUCUCAUGAUGCCGAAGAGCUCUGUCGUCCUGAGGACGAGACUGCGGAUAUCAAGGAGCGUGGUGAUAUUCGGACAUACUCGUCCAGUGUCCUCAGUCCGUUCGAGGAGCUCCUCUGUGCGGCCGUACUCUCACGGCCCAUCUCUCAUCGGCUAGGCUUAAGGACCAUACGGACGAUUCUGAACAAACCUUACCGGUUCAUCUCCGCGAGGGCAGUUAAGGACGCAGGACCAGAGCAAUGUCAUGAGGCGGUUUGGGCGGCGCAUACGCAGCACAAGCAGAAGACCGCCGAGGAGAUAAGCCAUAUUGCUGAUGUGGUACUGGAAAAGUUCACUUCGACAGAUGACAAAGAGGGCAGAGAGUUACGGAAAGUGCGAGAUGAAUGUGGCGGCGACAUUGACAGGGAGCGCGAGCUCAUAAAGUCUAGUGUUAAAGGCAUUGGUAAGACUGGCCUCGAUAUCUUUUUCAGGCGGGUGCAGUGGCAGUGGGAUAGUGCAUUCCCGUUUGUGGACGAUCGUACAGCACGAAGCCUUCGCAACCUGGGACUUCCAGAUGACAGCAAGGAGCUGGAGAAGCUCCUCAAUGAGCACUGGAGCAGUCUGGACACGAAACACCUCGCCGGAGGUGAUAAAUCGCGGAAGCAGAAGAGAGCCUUCGUCGUCCUGUUGGAACGAGCGACAGGCUCUGACUUGGAGAACAAGACUGAAGCAGUGAUUGAGGCUGCAGCUGGCACUGCGUCGUAGAGACCUGCGGAUUAGAUAACAUCUGAUGUAUACUAGCGUACUGCGACAUCCCACAACGCGACUUUCGUCGAAGCCUCAACACUUCCACGAACCUAACCUGAAGCGAAGUAGACAUUCCCGCCACAAGGCCAGAGGUCCAUCUCGGCCA